AUGUCCACCUUCCUCGAAUCAACCGAAGCCUUGAAGACACGAUGUUUGGAGGUACAUUUGACUGAGGCUGAAAUUCAGGCUCUCAUCGACAACAACCUCACCAGUCUAGCGCGGUUGGCCUUUGUCUUGGGCCCGCCAGAAACCACAGCGACUGAUGACCAGAUUCGUGGCCUCUUUGGGGACAGCGUGACUCCAAACAUCGGAACCAUCGCUUCAACCAAACGACUCAUUUUUGAAGCGCAAACCAUGGUCGUUGGGGAGCUCAAGAACAAGAUCCAGAAGAAAGAAGAAAUACUCCCGACGACCAUGGCAGUUGCCGAGCGCGACACCCGAAUUACAGCUCAGAGAAAAAGGUUGGGCGGCCUCCUUUUCAAAGGGGCGGAAGAAAACGCCCACGCAUCGUAUGACCUUGUGUUGCAGAUGCUUGAAAAGGAUGCGCUCCUGUAUCUCGGGCCAGAAAAGUUUCAGACCCGUCGCUUCGAACUUCAACAGAAAAAAACCAUCCAAAGAGCUGUCGUUGGACAACGGGCUUUUCGCCGCCGUGCUCUGGCCUUUGACCUGGUGGGCGCAUGUGAAUACAAUGUCAUGAACCAGUACCAGUCCGAGCUGGUCCAACACCUCCAAGAGUCAGCCCCGCCGGGGUACAACGAAGUCACAGUACAACAGGUGCUGAGGGCCGAUCGCGCAGCGUUUUUGCUGUUAGCCGAGCGCCUGACCACCCUGAAGCCGAAGCCUGACGGGACUAAGCCGCUUGAAGAAGCCUUGCCCACAGUUCUGUCGCAUCCCAGUGUGAGCUUCCAUUUGCUUCCACUGGCCAAGCAGCCCGAUCGUCCUCCAAAGGACAGCAAGUGGCUGAAGCGUUCCCAGACCAGCCUUGCCACGCAAGAGAGCCCCAACAAGUUUUUGAAGGUGAAAGGCAAGGGCAAAGGAAAAGGGAAAGGAAAACGUGACAAAGGAAGGGGGCCCAACGUUCCCAAAGACCUCAUCGGCAAGGCUUUGGAAACCAGCGAUGGAGACAGAAUUUGUUGGCCCUUCAACAUGUCUUCCGGUUGUAAAGAUGCCGCAGUUGGCAACGCUUGCUCCCGAGGCCUGCACGUCUGUGCUGAGCCCGGAUGCGGCAAAGCGCAUAGUCUCUUGCAGCACAAGUGA